AUGGACGAGCCGCUUCUUUUGUUUCGGGAUUAUGUUCAAAAUCGGAUUUCGAUGAAGGAAAUGAAUGUUGUAAGUAACUUCCCAAAUGAUUUUUAAGUCUUUAGAAUGGACAACUUUACUAUGUGUUCGGCGAAACAGCAUUUCCGGCCAAUUGUAAUACGGCUCUUCAAGUUCUUGGUCAAGACAAGGUGUUCUACACGUUAGAAGCUGUAAUUCAAUGCUGGAAUAUGAGGGAAAGAGAACACAACUUCUAUGUGAGAGAGGUAUCGGGGAAAAGUAUUCAAGUGGUAACUCUUUUGCAAAGGCAAGAUUGUUUUUUCAUCUAUCCAAACUUUUGUUUAGACGAAAAUUAACUGCUUAUUUGGCUGGGGACACAGAUUCGGUUAUGGGAUUGGUUCCGAAUGCUCCAUAUUCAGCUGGUAUUCCUUUAUCCCAACUCGAAACGCUCACUGAGGAGCACAACGAACCUGAAGCUAAGAGAUUGAAGUUGUCCCAAACGUAUGUCUUUUUAAUUGUUUUCUGUGUUUUAGAACUAACUAUAUAAUUUUCAGUGAUAAUGACAAUUCUUACAAUACGACUUUUAACUUUGACACAACAAUGGAAGGGGAUAGUCAACCCAGUCAAGAUGAAGGAAUCCGAGCAUUGAACGCUGAUUUAGAUGCUGAUAAGAUUGCUCAGCUAAGGAAUAGAGUCAAAAAGAAUCUGAAGAAGGCACCUGUUAAUCUCGCCGAAGAUGUGUAUGAUCCGAUAGCUGAGUUUCCAUUCGAAGAUGCCUCUGAAGAUGAAGUCGGACUAGCCUUGAAAGAGAUCGAGACCCCUGGCUGUUCGAGGAUACAGAUAUAUAACUGUGAAGGAUUAGAUCUUGAGUCUGUCAUGGAACAUAUCACAGAGGAAAUUGUAAGUUUCGAACUACAACUAUUGAUAAAAUACUUAGAACAAGAAGAAUCGUCCUCCUCAAAACAAUUCGUUCAUCAAGCCCCAAUUGCCAACAAAUGGAGGAAUUCAGAAGAAACCAACCAGUGGCUACAGUAGAUACGACCAGGAAGUAUUCAGACCCGAAUUGGACACCGAUCUCGAGAUUGACAUGGAUCUGUCUUUCAGAGGUGUGUCAUCGACAAUAUUGAGUAUCAUUGUCUUGAACUUUAGGUAAUACAAAGAAGGCCAAUCCGAUCAAGCCGACCUUAAUGCAGCCCCCGAAACCCCCUCAGAGACUUGAUUUUGGUCCUGUGUCAGCACUAAAUCCUAACGGAAGACCUCCGAAGAGACAAUCCAAGACUCCCAUCAUUGUUAUACCCGCUUCUGGGACGGCUUUAAUAACAAUGUACAAUGCUGAAGAUAUCUUACAGGUAAGAAAAAGGGUUUUAUUUAUCAUUAUUCAAUUUUAGGACAUGAAGUUUGUCUCGUCAGAGGAACGAAAGAAACAGAAAUCGAGGAGAGAAAACGAACUUUUGAUUCAUCGACGGAAAGAGAACGGGACAACUGUUCCCUUCAGAAUCAUCGAAGAUCCCCGUAAACUCCGAGAAGACGAAUGGGAUCGGGUUGUGGCGGUAUUCGUGCAAGGUCCGGCUUGGCAAUUCAAAGGAUGGAGAUUCGGGUCGCAUCCCACCGAAAUCUUCGCUCGAAUCGCCGCUUUCCAUCUCAAAUUUGAUGAACAACCACUGGAUAAGAACGUAGCCCAAUGGUCGGUGAAUGUCCUUUCCCUUUCUCAGACCAAGCGACACUUGGAUCGAGCUGUGCUCAAUAAAUUUUGGACGACAUUAGACCGGUAUAUGGUCAAGAAUAAGCCUCAUCUUCGUUUCUAA